AUGAACUCUAACGCGAAUCAAGCAGCAGGUGCUUUGGCAGUUAGUCCGUUCCCAGCACCACCAGAUUAUGCUCAACACUACACGACUGAACGGAUUAGCCAGGGUGCUGUGCUGCCACCGCCUCCUGUGCAAACUGUAUUCACUGUAUUCGGAGAAGAGUAUCGCUUGGAAGAUGACAUCAUAAGAUCUCUCGCAUCGCAAAAUAUCAAACAGUUAUACCCGACAAAAUACGACUGGAAAACGGAAAUGAAGAAACUGAACAGGUUUGUCGUUUGAAC